AUGCUGUGUGUUCACCGAGAAAGUUCAGCUCCAACUUUGCCUAUUCAACAGUUUUAUAUCGGAAGCGAUGAUGGUUAUGGUAUUGCUGAUGAAAUACAUAAUUCCACCGUUCUGCCUGUUCAUCAAACAAAACAUAUCAGCAUAUCGUCUAAUGAACCUGUGAAAUCUAUUUCAAUUGAUUACUGUAAACAGAAACCCAUUUUGUACUCACAACCUGUUGUACCUGAUUUAAAUUCACAACCACCAUGUGUUCAAGAGAUAACUGAUUUUCCUGGUGAGACAUCAGCCCAAUUAUCUACAAAUUCUGAUCACCAAUUUAACCAACCAUCAAGAACCACUGAUAAUCCUGUUGAAAAUCUUAAACCACCUAGCGAUCCAACUAGAAAUAUUCGACCUCAUGUCUCAGAUAAAGAAGGAUAUGAAAUAAAUGAAGAUUUUUUACGUGAACCAGCUCCAAAUGGUGGUUGGGGUUGGCUUGUUGCACUAGGGAGUUUUCUAUGCAUCUUUGCUGUGGAUGGUGUGUGCUUCACUUUUGGUCUACACAUUAAUGAAAUGAUUCACGAAGGACAGUUCAGAAUAGAUCCAUCUGACUCAAAUGAGUCACAAAGAAAGCCAUCUUUAGCUUUGUUAAGCUUGCCUGGAGCAUUACUGUGUGGGAUGUAUUUUUUAUUCGGUCCGUUUACGGGUGCUCUGGUAAAUCGUUUUGGCUAUCGUAUAGUUGCAUCAGUUGGUGCAGUCAUUACUUCAUUAUGCUUUCUAAUAAGUGCUUUGUUCAUUUAUGAUUUGGUUACAUUCAUCUUUGUAUUUGGUAUAAUAGGUGGAAUCGGUUGUAGUCUAGUUUAUCUACCGGCAAUUACAGUUAUCGGACACUGGUUUGAAAAACAUCGAGCUUUCAUUGUUGGCAUUGUAAUGUGUGGUGGAUGUUUAGGUGCCGGUUUAAUGGCUAUUAUUACACCUUAUUUAGCAGUUCAUUUCUCAUGGCGUGGUAGUCUCGUUCUCAUUAGUGGAUUGUUUAGUCAAACCUUAGUUGGUAUAUCGUUAUUUCGUCCUGUGAGUGUACAUGAAAGAAUAAGAGCUAUUAGAUCAUUAAAAGAAGUAGAGAAGAAACAAAUCAAACGGAAAAAGUGCAAAUUAAAUUGUUUGCUAUCUAGUCAUAAACCAAAACAUCAUUCUGUAAAAAAAAUUGCAAUUCAACGUGGUUCUAUUAUGGCUCGUAUUAUUGAAGAAAAAUCACGUCAACGAACUACAUCUACUGGCAGUUUAGAUGGAAUGGUAAUAACACGUGAAAAUGAACUUGUAGCUCUAUCAUCUGAUGCGUAUGAAGUGGUCAAAGCUGCUGCUGUCAUUUACAGUGCUAAUACUAAUAAUACUGUAUCAAUAAAUGCUAAACAAAAGGAAGAAAUAGGAAUACAAAAGAAGUUUGAAGAAAAUCAUUUAUCAUCAUCAUUUGAAUCAACAUCUUUUGAACAAUUAAAGCCUAAUAAUAGUACGAAUGCAAAGAGUAAUAGUUUAAGAUAUUCUCCAGAUAAUAAUCGUAAAAAUCUACAAACACUAACUGAAGGAUUUCCUAUGUCAUCAUUUGAUCAAACAACAGAGAAAUUUCAAACAAACUCACAACCACCUUGUAUUGCAGUACUUCCUCCGCCUGUGCAGUUCAGUCGUGCUGCUGUACGACGUAUAGCACGUGCAAUCUUACAAAAACUACACGGACAAAGUAGACUGCCGUUUUCACCAUCAAUUACUUCUAUAUCAACUGGUCCAAGACAAGUUAUAGCAUCAUCUUUUCGAUUUAGUGGUGAUAAUCGUAUUGAUUCAUGUGCAAAUUUUAGUACACCAUAUACAAAUAGUUCACGAAAUGUUCAUUAUGACAGAAGAUUCGGUAGCUUCAUCUGCCCUGUACGCCAUUUAUCAACAGCAGUGAACCGUUCUAUCUCUGCACAAGAAUCUCAUAUUCGAUUGAAAUUAUCAACACCUGAUUCACCUUCAGCACUAACAUCUUUAAUCAGUUUAGAUUCUUAUACAGGGCAUAUUAUAUCACGUGAAUUGAAUAGUCUUCUGUUAGAUCAAUCUAUUAAACUAGCUAUACUGAAUGAUAUACGUCGUGAGUUAAGUCGUCCAAAAUAUCGUCCAGAUUUUUUCUACGCUGGUAAUAAACAUAAACUUCCCUUGUAUCAUGUGCCUGAAUAUACAACAUCUAAACAAUUACCAUGUGAUGCAAAUUAUGCUUUAAAAGAGUUGACAAUUCAAUCACAUAAUCCCACUGUAAAUCAAUGUCCAAAUCUAUUCGAAGGUGUUAUUCCUGUAGAGAAUAUCAUGUUAACUCGAAAUAAAUCACUUAUACCUGAUAAUCAAAAUUUUGACGUACUUAUUCAUUCAUCAAAACAAAAUAAGAGUAUUUCUAAUCUUCAAAAAUUUAUUACUUCACCAAAAAUCAAUGAAUUAUUCUCCUAUCUUGCAGAUAUGUUAGAUAAUCAAAUACUUAAAAGUUUUACAUUUAUUAUUAUUUCAAUCGCCUGUUUUGUAAAUAUGUUGGUUUUUCUAGUUCCAUUUCACUACCUUCCACUUUUAUUGGAUUACGGUGGUCUUGAAUGUUAUUUUAAUUCAUUUUGGUGUCCGAAUGGAUUGACCGAUGAGAUUAAAUAUAAUAGAACAUCUGGUCAGUUUGACCAAUCAACUGUUAAAUAUAUCAACGCUUUAAAGAGAAACUAUGCAUUUCCUAGUUCAGAAUCCCUUUUUUUAACGAUUGGUUGUGCUAGUAUUCUUGGUCGUUUAUUUGCAGGAUUGUAUAUUGAAAAGGGUUUGAAUACAAAUCGAAAAUUUUUGUGUCGGUUUCCUCUAAUGGUAGAUCCUAUGCUCCUGAACAAUUUCGCUUUAAUUGUUUGUGGACUUUCAGUUAUCUCAUUUCCAUUAGCAAUUCAUGGUAUUCUGUUGACAAAAAAUUCGGACCAGUCUUCGUCUGAACGCCUUAUGCAAGCAUGGUCUUUAAAGUUUCGGCGUCAUUUGUUAUAUCUCGGUAGUAUAAUGUAUGGUUUAACUAAUACCAUAUCAAUUUCUUUACGAAGUGUUAUUCUUGUUGAGUUAUUUGGUCUUCAUCGUCUGACAAAUGCAUUUGGAUAUUUACUUAUUUUCCAAGGCCUUGGUGUAAUUUGUGGACCUCCAUUAUUCGGUCUUUUUUCGGACCAAGCUUGUCAUGGAUGUUUAAAUAGUCGUCCAUUUUGUGAAUCUAUUCCAAUACAGUUUACAUCAACCGGUCAUAAAGAAUGUACAAUGCGUUUAAUAUUAUCUUUUUAUAUUUGUGCAGGAUUACUCAUUUUGUCAAGUAUCUUAUUUAUGCCACUGCGUUGGUUAGCCCAACAUGAUCCAUAUCGUAAUGCACAUAUGUUACAGUCAUCAAUAAAUAUUUCAAGUAAUGCACCUCAAUUAGAUGAAGAUAUUUCCUUUUCACUUGGAUUAGGUCAAGGUGAAGUAUAUGAUCCUCAAGAAACACAGACUACGCAUGUACUGGGUUAAUUAUUAUUAUUUUAAACUGGUAUCAUGGAAUUCAAUAAAGUCUUAAAGUUGAAAAUCAUGAUAAUGUGAUUAUAUUCUACAUAGUAAACUAAUAAUCUUGUGAAACUGUGAAUUGGAUGAUUAACAUAUUGAUACCCGGGUGACCUGCUUGAAUAUCUGGACUACCUGUUCCUGUCAUUUAGAUAUUUCAACAAGUUAUAUGUUUCCUUGCUUGUUU